GAAGUGUUUGAUAAGAGAAAUUUCCGCGAUUUCUGCUUGACAUUUAAAUUUAGACUUGGCAGCGAGUCCUCAGACAGCUGAUUCCAUCCCAGUCACAAAAUUCUUUCUUUAACAAAUCAAUUAAAAUUUAUCAGCCUAUAAAGAAUUGUUCAAUGAAGGCCGUCGCAAUAAUGCGGCAAAACGCUAAUUGUCGUCCACAUAAUAUUAAAGCAAUGUUCAGUAGCCGGCAUUCCUUUGGCAAGACACGCAAAAUCAACACACUUUAUUUAUUUUAGAAUCAGUUGCUGAUCUCAGGCAUAAAACAAUUAAAGUGAUAAAUCAACAAAAAUAUUUAGUUAAGUGCCCCAAUGGAAGCAAAUAAAAGACAACUAGAGGUGAAGCUCGACCAUGAGUGCAUUUACGUUUUUGAGAGGAAAGAAGAAAUGGCCCCUUCGAAGUUUCGGCGGAAAGUCUGGCAAAUCCUGCCUUCAAUUUCAACCCUUAUGUGUCUACCAUUUGGCAUAAUGCUAGGGUGGCCUUCUCCGACUUAUCCCACUUUGAUCCAGCCCGGGGCUCCAGUCUGGAUCAGCAUGGACCAAAGCGCCAUGAUUGCAGGAUUCCUCAUGAUCGGCAAUACUGUCUCCACCCCUUUUUCGUCAAUCCAGCGAAUAGGAGCCAAAUACGGGAUCAUCAUCGGGGCUAGUCUCAUUACCAUUGGCUGGAUUGUGAUGUGGCAAGCCCGUGACGUCUUCUGGCUACUAGGAAGUCGUUUCCUGAUUGGUGCAGGAAACGGUUUUGGCACCGGUCAAGUCAAACUCUACAUCAACGAAAUCUGUCAAGACUCCCUAGCCCAAACCAUGGCCAAACAAAUCAACCUCUAUGUUUUCCUAGGCGUGUUUCUGGCUUUCUCGUAUGGACCCUUUGUUGAUUUUCGAAAUUUCAGCAUAAUCACUUCAAUCAUAUCAGUUUUGGUCCUGUUUCUUGCCAUUUUCUUGCCAUCAACUCCACGGGAACUGGUCAAAAGUGGCAAAAUGACUGAAGCCCGAAAAUUGAUCGCUUUUCUGAGCCCCGAUUUGAGCGUCAGUGAAGAGAUUGUGAAAAUCAAAGAGCGGAUUAAUGCCCCUGAUAAUAGUAUCAGUUUUUGUGAUUUAGUAAAAAAGGAAAGUUUGCGGAAAAAUUUUGCGAUUUUUGCCUGUUUGGUGUUUUUUCAGCAGUUUUCGGGAGCUCCGGCGACUGUGGUUUACUCGCAAAUGAUUUUUGAGAAGGCACAUUGUCCAAGGCCGGAAAUGUGUGCUUUGGUGUAUUCUCUAAUGUUUUUAAUAGCGAAUUUUUACGGGAUUUUUUGUGUUCCUAGUCACAAUAAAAAAUACGUUCUCUUGUUCUCCUCAAUAGGAGUUUCAGUAUUAUUAGUUUUAAAUAUAAUAGUCUUAGUUGAGGAAGCUAAUGUUCAUUUUUGGCAAUUCACCUCUUUGGUGAUCCUUCUGUUGUAUAUUCUAGUCCAUGUUGUGGGAUUAGGAACCGUUCCUUUCCUCCUAAUCCCUGAGUUAUUUCCCAAAGAAGUAAACAAAAUCAUGGUCCAGUUUUUAAUCAUGUCGAACUCGAUGUUCGCCUUGAUUAUAACAAAAAUCUUCCAGGUUUUAUUAACAAAUUUCGGGUUGGUCACCCCCUUGUGCUUAUUUCUGACGGUUAGUACCUUCUCUAUCAUCUUUGUGAUAAUUUUUGUGCCGAGUAAAAGUAAUAAUAAAUCGAAUAACACGUGACUUCGUUUAUUUCCUCUUACAUAAUAACAACAAUUGACUUAAUUGAUUCAAUUCUACUUAAUCUAAGUUUUUAUCCUCACGAAGUAGUCUCCGCAAUUUCUCCUUCAUCUCUUUGGAUUUUUCAAAGUUUCGUUGGCGUCGAGCAAGUCUCUCUUCUUUCAGGCAUUUGGUCAUUUGGUGGUCGAGGGAAUUACAGUAACCGACGAAUUUCCGAAAGGGGUGUUCAUUGUGACAUUCUUGCAAUAAUCGGAUCAAUUCAUUGCACUUUUCUGAGUGCAAAUGUUGCGACAAAUCUGUAUGCAUUUUGCCAAAUUUACUAAUGAGAAUGACAGUCGUCUAUCAAGUGGGCUUGUGUCAGAACUACACCAGCCAUCUAGCGAACGAUAAUCAAACUUCAACCAAGUAGAAAUCUUGUUAUAAUUUGGCUUUCAAAACACUGAGAGGGCGUUACAAAACGUAAUUUGAAUUUUUUUGACCAAAAAUAACUCAUCGAUUUUACUUUCUUCAAACAAGAUAAAUUUGCGUGCGUUUUGGGCUGUUUAAAUUGCCAGAGAUAAGUUAAAUGUCAAAAAAGCUUAUUGGAGUUCAACAUGCAAUAGAUGACUUGUAUACAAUAAGAACUUAAUUAAAGUCUAUAAGUGCACGUGUCUUUUAUUUAUAAUGGAAUUGAACGUUAAUGGGAUACUAAAUUGAAGAUAUUGACGGUUUGUGGUCCCA